AUGGAGAAAACAAGGAAUUGGGUUUUAGCCAACAUUGAGAAAUUGUUAGAUUCUUGUUUGUUAAUGCAUACCAGCAAGCAGGCACAUGUAAAAUUACAUGAUGUGGUUCGAGAUGUAGCCUUGUGGAUUGCAAAGGAGCAAUGUCAAGAAGUUCUAGUGGACAACCAAGAAAUUUCAAAGAUGUUAAUUGGUAACCACCAAAGUUUGGAAGAUACAAAGACAGUGUCAUUGUGGAAUUUGGAUGAGGAUUUCGAGCUCUCUAAACAAUUGCAUUUUCCAAAACUUGAGAUUCUGCUACUUCAACCUGAUGGGUUCAUUCGAGAUAUUGGAGCAAUGGAGUCACUCAAAGUCUUGGCACUCAUAAGACAUGGAUUUGAGUGGGAAUUGCGGAGGUGGUAUCCAACUUUGGUUUCAAUUCCACAAUCAAUUGUAUCACUAACUAAUCUUCACACCUUAUGCCUUAGAGGGAAAAAUUUGGGGGACAUAUCUCUUUUGGGUGAACUUAAAGGAUUGGAGAUUCUUGACUUACGUGGUUCUCAAUUUGAUGAAUUACCUGCUGGAAUUGUAGAUAUGAAAAUGCUGAAACUUUUGGAUAUAUUUGGUUGUCAAAUUGAGAAAAGUCCUUUAGAAGUAAUUGGAAGAUGUGAGCAGCUUGAAGAAUUAUACUUUUGGGACCACAAAUCUGUCAUCCCAGAAAUUCUCUCUCUUUCAAAUUUGAAGAGUCUUGAACAAGUGUUUCAAGAUUCAUCUAUUGGCUGCUCUCUCCCCAUGUUACAAGAGCUAUGGAUACGGAGUUGUCCUGAAUUGAGAAUCUGUAUCUUCUCUCAUGGCACUGUUACGAGCCUGCCAAAGUUGAGAAGACUUCAUAUUGACAGCUGUGGCAAAGUGAAAUGGCUAUUGUCUUAUUCCCAGGCUUCUUAUUGUCCUUUACUGAAGGAAAUAAUUAUAAGCAAUUGCUCUGAAUUUGAGAAGCUUAUUGAUGAAGAAGCUACACAUGGGGAUCCACUGCUUCAUGAUAAGCAAUAUUAUCCAUAUGGAAAGGAAACUGACAGUGCUUAUGUGGGCGUUACAGCAAAAAGAUUCAAUCAGUUGCAAAAUCAACAAUCCUUGAUCCUUUUUCUCAGGUUGAAAAGUCUACAAAUUAGAAGGAGUGGAAAAAAGAAAGGUAUAUUGGAAAUCCAAGUCAGAGAAAGAGUAGAAGAUGAUGAAGAAUCUAUUAAAGCACAAGAACCGCUAAAGGUGGAGUCAGAGUUGAGUGAAUUAAAAUUAGAUGAUCUACCAAAAUUAGAAUAUAUUUGGAAGGGCCCCACCCAAAUCGUGAGCCUCCAUAAACUUGAAGAUGUUUCAUUGGGAGACUGCCCAAAAUUAAAAAGUAUCUUCACUCUUGCUAUUGUUGCAAGCCUUCCAGAGUUGAGAAGACUUGAAGUAGAUGAGUGCGAGGAAUGGGAGGGAAUAUUUUGUGAAGAAUCACUCAAAAACCUCUCUUCUUCUAAUAUUUGCUUCCCUAAACUCAAGAGGAUUGUCAUAUAUGAUUGCAACAGAGUUAGAUGGUUGUUAUCUUAUUCUCUGGCAUCUCAUUGUCCUUCACUAGAGGAUAUAAGUAUACUCCGUUGCUCUGAAUUAGAGGGGCUUAUUGGUGAAGAAGCUGCACAUGGGGAUCCACUACUUCAUGAUAUGCAAGAUCAUCCACAGCAACCUUUGAUCCGAAAUUGUUCUGAACCUGAGAGGCUUGUUGAAGAAGCAGCAUCAUAUGGGGAUCGACUCCCACUUCUCAAACUGAAGGAAUUAUUUUUGCAGUCAUUGCCGAAAUUGAGAGAGAUCUUCCCUCACAAGCAUGACAAUGACACAGUGAGGGUGGUGAAGUCAGAAUUGUAUUCGCUAUCGUUACUUGAUCUACCGGAGUUAGAAUAUAUUUGGAAAGAUCCCAUACAAAUUUUGAGCUUCCAUAGACUUGAAAUGAUUAAACUAUGGGGAUGCCCAAGAUUAAGAAGUACAUUUACUGUUGCUAUUGUUACAAGCCUUCCAGAGUUGUGUUACAUGGAAGUAAGAGGAUGCAAUGAAUGGGAGGGAAUAUUUUGUGAAGAGUCACUUAAGAAUCUGUCUACUACUUCCACUGUUUGCUUCCCCAAACUUGAGAGCAUUCGUAUAUAUGAUUGCCACAAAGUGAGAAGGGUGUUCUCAUAUUCUCUGGCAUCUCAUUGUCCUUCAUUGGAGGAAUUAUAUAUAGGGAAUUGCUGUCAACUAGAGAGGGUUGUUGAAGCUUAUGAAAGUGAAGUAGCUGCUCAUCAUCAUCAAAUCUUGUUUCCGAAACUGAAUGUUUUGGAACUUAGGGAGUUGCCAGAGUUGAGAGAGAUUUAUGAAGGUUAUGAAUUCAACCACCUUUCUGGUACUAUAACAAUAGAAGAUUGUCCAAACAUAUCAAAAAUCUCAAAAAUCCCAUUAGAAGACAAGCCCUCGUCAUCAGGUUGGUAG